AUGGCAGCAGAGAAGAAGCAAAGUGGCCGCGUGGGACUGUGUACACUUGGUGGGACAACUUUGCUGCAGAGCGAGCUCGAGCUGCUUGACGACGGGGCGUGGCUCAACGACAACAUCAUCUCGUUCUACUUUGAGUAUCUGGUUAGAGAUGUGGUGGCGGGUGGCGAUGGCGAUGGCGAUGGCGAUGGCGAUGGACUUCCGGUUGUCUUUCUUCCGCCAGCCACUGUCUUUCUCAUGACCGCUGUGCCUGAUCCCAGCAUGCUCGCACCAUCGUUUGAGCCGCUCGGCCUCGGCAAGGCUAAACAGAUUGUCAUUGCCGUCAAUGACAAGACUUCGCUCACAGAUCACAUCGGUGGCUCGCACUGGUCGCUCUUGGUGUACUCGGCUGAAGAUCGGACGUAUCGUCACUACGACUCUGCUGGCGGGUGCAACGCGGCGGCGGCAGCCGACAUCGCAGCUGUCGUCGACUUUUUCGUCACCUACAACGCAGAUCCGCCGGUCAGCAAUGAGGCAUCGUUUGUGGCUGACCGCAACACGCCGCAGCAGCGUAACGGCUACGACUGCGGUGUGUAUCUCCUUCACUUUGCGCACUGCAUCGCCGCCGGCGAGCCAGUCACCGCUCGGCCGGAUCGGCUUGUCGCCAUGCGGCUGCAUGUCCGCUCUGUCAUCGACGCCAUUGCUGCUGAACAGAGGGAAUGA